AUGUCGGAGAUCCUGCAGGAAGUGGAACUCUGCUUCCCACGGCUCCUCAACGUCUCCUGCAAGAAGCCACACCGUCCUCAUUUUGAGGUCAUACUGUCUUACAUCGUUCUGUCCUUCAUCGCUCUGCUCAUCGCAGCCCUCAACCUGCUCGUCAUCAUCUCCAUCUCACACUUCAGGCAGCUCCACACUCCCACCAACCUCCUCCUCCUCUCUCUGGCUGUCUCAGAUUGCUUCGUGGGUCUCCUCGUGUUCUUUCAAAUUUCUCUCAUAGGCGGCUGCUGGUUCUUCGGUGACCUCAUGUGUGUCCUGUAUUGUGUUUUGGACUACAUUAUUACUUCUGCAUCAGUAGGAACCAUGGUGCUCAUAUCAGCUGACAGAUAUGUGGCUAUUUGUGAUCCUCUGCAUUACUCCACCAAGGUCACUGUGAGUAGAGUUACAGUCUGUAUUUGCCUGUGUUGGAUCUGCUCUGUUUUAUACAACGCUCUUAUGAUGACUGAUAGUCUAAAACACCCAGGCAGGUAUAACUCCUUUGCUGGAGAGUGUGUGUUUGUUAUUAAUUAUGCUGCAGGGAUUGCAGAUGUUAUUUUGUCCUUUAUUGGGCCUGUCACUGUCAUCAUAGUUCUGUAUUUGAGAGUGUUUGUGGUGGCUGUGUCUCAGGCUCGUGCCAUGAGGUCUCAUGUUGCAGCCGUCACACUUCAGGGUUCAGAGAAAGUAACUGCACAGAAAUCGGAGAUGAAAGCAGCCAAAACUCUCGGUGUUGUUGUAGUUGUGUUUCUAAUAUGUCUUUGCCCAUAUUUUUGUGUUGCACUAACAGGCCAGGACACCAUGCUCAGUGCUUCAUCUGCUGCCUUUGUGAUAACUUUGUUCUAUUUCAACUCCUGUCUGAACCCUCUGAUCUAUGCCCUUUUUUACCCCUGGUUCAGAAAAUCUAUUAAGCUGAUUGUUACACUAAAGAUCCUGCAGACUGACUCGUGUGAGGCCAACAUACUGUAG